AUGACGUUCGAUAUGGUUACGGAUGUGGAUGGGGAAGGCGAUGAAGAGCUCGACCAAGCCCUCGUUCAAAUCCGCGCCCUCCACACGUCCAAACUCCUUGCCUACAAGCGUCUCCUCGAACGUGCUCACGCAAGUAGCGCAGCGCAGGUUUAUCAUCUUCAAGCUCAACUCGCAGAAUUGCGUUCUCAGUCUCAAGCUCAGACACAAGAAUCCUUGCAACUGGAGGGAGGUGAGUAUUGUGUUUGUGGUGGGAGGAAGAGGGGAUAUUGGGACGGGGUUAGUUGGGGGGAUGUGGAGGAGGAUGAGACUGGAGAGGGUGGCAAUUUGGUAGAUGCUAUGAAGCAGCUUAAUGAGAAGGGUAUCAGGAGGGCUGUGAGAGGGUUGGGAAGGGAGGGUCGGGGGAGGCUUAUCCAGAUUAUACUCGAAUCAACCCUCCCAGGCGACAUCCCCCUCCAAAUCCUCCUCCUCCAAAAAUACCUUAAAAGUUCAUUUGACAUCAUCGGUUUCCUCGCCCCUAAUAUCGCCCUUCAGAUCUUGAGCAAGCUGAGCGUGAAAGAGGUUAUUAGGGCUGGGUUGGUUUCGAAAAAAUGGUACACCGCAACUCGUCAUCCUGCAUUGUGGAGGUGGCAUUGUCUGCGCUUGACUGCCAAUGAUCCGGUCCGUGUGAGGCCACCAGCGCAGCCUGAGGGAUGGUUCCCGCUCUACUGCUCCCUCCACCACCGCGAAUCCAAUUUUGCGCAUGCGCUUCCGCAGAGCAUACGGUUCUUAAAUGGACAUACGAAUUUUUGUACGACGUUGUUAUUGAGAGGCAAGCGCCUCAUUUCAGGCUCCUACGACGAAACCAUCCGUUUCUGGGACAUUGACACUGGCGAGAUGAAAAAGUGCUUGCAGGUGAAGAAGCCUGUGAGCUGUGUGGAUUUCUUGGCGGAGGAAGAGGUUUUUGUGGUUGGAUUUCAUGAUGUUGGCCGCGUUCACCUUUUUUCCUCCGUCACAUUCACGCCUCUUCAACAACUUGCCGGACACCUCAACGGUAUCCGCGCCGUUGCGCUUUCCUCAAAGAACCUCGUCAGCGCAGGCGCUGACAAGGCUCUCGUAUGUUGGGAUUGGCGCGCUGGGACGAAAAUCGUGAGGUUUGGACAACAGACAACGAUUAAUAUCGGUGUGCAGAUCGUCCAAGGGGGCACAGAGGCGGAGGGAGAGCGUGUAGUUGGUGUGACUAUCGAUGGCAUUGUUCGUGUUUUCUCGAUUAAGAGGAGGGAGAUGAUCUCGCAGUUCAAGCUCAGUGAACUCGGCGGUAGCGACCCUGUGUUGCAUGCGAAGCUGUUUAAUGUGGGCUCUGCGCCUAAUAAUAUGCUACAGUGGUUCGCGGCCAAGGGCUCGCAGAUGACUUGCGCGACUAAAUCUGUGAUCUUGCAUUUGCAAUGGAACGAAGAUGAAGACGAGAAGACUCCUGCCGAGACGACUACAAUGAGCCCUACAUUCACUGGAAGGACUCUUACCUCUCCUACGCCCUCCUCCCUUAACCCGAGAUCACGCGCCGUCUCAUCCCUUAUACGGCCUACGCAGAUGUCUACUCCCCAGCGCAGACAGUCUGCUCUCGGGGUGAGUACAUCGAGCUUGCCCAAAUCACGACUUUCGCUUGGAACACCUUCCACGCCUCUCGCCUCCAAUCUCAGCGCAUCUCAGUUGUCAGGUAUAUCACCAUCACCGCUCUCCCUACUCCCUCGAUCUGGCACUCCGCUAUCCCCGAUGGGUGUACCGUUAUCCCCUAUGGGUGCGGUGGGUGCAGACGGGUUUGCAAUUCGGUUCGGGCGGGCAGCGAUUUUAACUGCACCUCCCAAGCUCGUUGCGCUCGUAGAGACGCCUGAUGUUGCAGUUGGCGCAGUUGAUCCUAGGAAGAGGAGAGUGGUUACUGCUACCAGGUUUAGUUCGCGGGCGGGAGCUGAUCGGAGGAUUCUAAUGUCGACGCAUCAAAACAAGGACAAGGUUGAUGGCCUUGACGGUGCAGUGGAUGAAGACACGGGACCUACAACGGACUAUGAAAACCCGAUGUUUUCGUCCCCAAUGCCGAGCGUUGACAUAGAUGCAAAUAUCAUUCCUUUGUCAGGUGCAUGGCAAACGCUUGCUCAUGCCACACCUAUGGGUGCGAAAGGUCUUCUUGGUCCGCUGCCGCCCAAGUUCGCGGGCUUGGCGACGCCAGAGAAGAAUCCGAUGUCGAUGCAACUCACACAUGAGGAGGUAGUGGUAGGGUGCGCAGACGGGACAAUUUAUGUGAUGAAUUUCUUGGGGCAUGAGUAUGUGAAGGAGAGGUCUAGGACGGAGGAGGCGAUUGAGGAGGACGGGGAGAGCAGUGAGGAGGGAGAUACAUCUGUGGAUAGGAGUUUAAUUUUGGGAGCUUAA